AUGGUGGAGCGGCUCGGAGCCAAGGGAUUCAUGGAUGAGCUGUGCAAAGGGUUUCGGGUGUUGAUGGACAAGGAGCGGGAAGUGAUCACCUUCGAGAGCCUGAAGAAAAACUCUGCGGUGCUAGGAUUGAAGGAGAUCUGUGAUGAUGAGCUCAUGUCCAUGCUUAGAGAAGGGGACUUGGACGGUGAUGGAAGCCUCAGCCUGAUGGAGUUUUGUGUUCUCAUGUUCAGGCUUAGCCCCGAACUCAUGGAUGGAUCAAGAAGGUGGCUGGAAGAAGCUGUGGUGAAUGGGUUGUAG